UAUAUUUUUUUGUCAUGUUUGAAGUAACAGUCAGUAACCAGAAAUGGUUCUACUCUUGUGACCGUUUUUUGAAAAUUACUUGCUUUGACAGACACAUUUCGUCAUGCGCACCAAACCACUGCCUCUGGAGUUGAAAAAUUGCUAAAGCAAAUGGCAACUCAGACCCAACGUUCACAGUCCGCAUCGCCGCAAGAAGUUUAUGCAUUCCCACUAACCAUACAACAUACAUACGUGCAUAUCUUGUGCGGUUGGUGGAUCAGCUAAUGACGACGAUAAUGUCGAUAGUGAUGGAAGUCAUCGAUAGUUCGCAAAAAUUAAUGCCAUCGUCAGUAUCGUCGAUAGUGUAACAGCUCUAAUUCCCGGUCAUGCCACCAAAAUCUAACAGCAAAAAAGGUCAAGCAAGUUGGUAUUAUUGCGAAGCUUGCAACGCGCACAUAACUUUUGAAGCCCGGGAAACUCACGAGCGUGUCUGCCCCCUUCCAUUUGAAGCAGAGUUGGGAAAUUCUGUUUCGGAGGGCGAUAUAGAGUAUAUUCGCAAUGGAAAGCUGUACACGAGGAGCGUGCAACCACGCAAAUUUAAAAUAGAAUCAUUAUCUUAUCUACCGGAAAAGUAUACUAAUGUCUUACUUUUCAUGUCUGAGGGUGCAAUACGCCUGGCUAAUUUUCAUAUUGGCCAGCAUGUUGUAAUUAUGCCGGCACCUGAGCAGGAGCAACCUGUUAAGCAAUUGGUGCGCAUAUUAUGGCCCGUGCCCGACAAUUUUUUGACGACAGUGUUUGUAUCAGAGAAAGAAUACAGACUGCAUUUUAGCGCCCAAAAUGGAAACCUAGCGACUAUUGCUGCUCUGGAAAUAAACAAUUUAAAAGUAGCCGCGAAUGUUAUUCUACAUCUUGAGAACGCAGCCGAAUUAGGCUUAAAUCAAACGCAAUUAAAAGAUGCUGCAGCAGUUAUUAAACAAAAAAUCGUUGAUUUAAUAUAUUGUCAAAGCAGCAAGUUGCAUGUGAAAUUUUUUAACAAGGCGCUAAUCCUUAGCGUAGCACAUUGGCAUGAUCAGCUUUCCAAAGGCAAAGUCACAGUGGAGGAAGCAUUAGCAGAGCUAAGCCUGGAUAAUAACUCCCAACAGUUCUUUCAAGUAACAAAUGCAACAACUGUGGAAAUACUCGGCGUAGCCAAAGAACAAGCUUUAAAGGAUCCAGGGAGGAAUUAUGAAAUAACUAAAGCUGACAUAGGUGGGCUUGAUGAUCAAAUUCAAUUGAUUGAACAUAGUAUGGAAUAUGCCUUAGGAUACAAGUUCCUGCCAGAAGGCAUGAAGGUGUCUAGGGGAGUGCUACUCUAUGGUGCUACCGGCUGUGGCAAGUCCAUGAUCUGCGAAGCUAUGCAUGCAACUGCCAUUGCGAGGGCGAAGACUAUUAAUACUUCAGGAUUCGUGCAGCUGAUUAGAAUUAACAGCUGUGAGCUGUACAGCAAAUACUUGGGAGAAACCGAAAAGAAACUCGUUGUGCACUUUGAUAGGGCAUAUGCCCAUUACCCGCAACCAACGCUAAUACUUCUAGAAGAUGUUCACAAUUUAUGCCCCAAGCAAGAGAGCAGCGAAGUGGUGAAGCGUGUAUCUUUGGCAUUUUUGGCGAUGCUAGAUAAGCUGAGCAGCAGACGAGAGGCCCAACGUACAUUUCUUUUGGCAACUACUUCACAAAUUGACGCGUUGCAUCCCAGCAUAAGAUGCGCUGGUCGCCUGGACAGUGAGAUUGAGGUGGGACCGCCGACACCCGUUGGUCGGCUAGAUAUACUUAACUGCUUGCUCCGUAAGGUGCAGCACGAGCUAAACGAGUCGGAGGUUCGGCAAGUUUCGUUAAUAACCCACGGCUACGUUGGUGCCGAUUUAGCCAACUUGGUUUAUACAGCAACCUUAGCAGCCACUAAAUAUAACGCACGGCCCUUGAAAUUCAAGGAUCUUAAGGCUGCGCUCACACACAUCAAACCAUCGGCAAUGCGUGAAGUACAGGUCGAAAUCCCAAAUGUGCAGUGGAGCGAUAUUGGAGGACAAUCUGCACUCAGAUUCACACUUCAGCAGGCGAUAGAAUGGCCUCUGCUGCACCCAGAAAAGUUUAAAAGACUGGGAAUUAGGCCGCCUCGUGGCGUUUUGAUGUUUGGCCCUCCCGGCUGUUCUAAGACUAUGAUAGCCAAGGCCUUGGCCACCGAAAGUAAGCUGAACUUUCUUUCAAUCAAAGGACCCGAACUUUUCUCCAUGUGGGUGGGUGAAUCGGAACGUGCGGUGCGGGAGGUGUUUCGGAAAGCCCGUCAAGUAGCGCCAGCCAUUGUUUUCUUUGAUGAAAUUGAUGCCAUUGGCGGCGAGCGCGCCGAAAGCGGUGGUUCUGGAGCUUCAGUUAAGGAUCGAGUGCUCACGCAGUUGCUCACCGAGCUGGAUGGUGUGGAGGAUUUAAAGAAUGUAACCAUUGUGGCCGCAACAAAUCGCCCAGACAUGAUUGACAAAGCCCUCCUUCGACCUGGGCGCAUUGACCGCAUUGUAUAUGUGGGAAUGCCGGAUGCUGCUGCACGCCGCGAAAUUUUGUCCAUAAAAUUACAACGCAUGCCAUUAGCUGAGGAAGUAAAUCUGGAAACGUUAGUAGAGCUCACCAAGGGCUAUACGGGAGCAGAAAUACAAGCUGUCUGCCACGAAGCUGCUUUGCAUGCUUUGGACGAAAACUUUGAUGCACAUCAUGUUCAGAGCCGUCAUUUCGAGUAUGCACUGAAUAUUGUGCUACCCCGUACAAGCCCAGAGUUGUUAGACCUCUACCAGCGGUACCUGAGAAAGAAAUAGAUAUUGAAUGUCAUAAAUAAACUUAAAUGAAUGCGAAA